AUGGGCUUUCUUCCUCUAAAUAUUCAGAUCAAACCCAUCGACGAACUCGCUCAGCUUCCUCCGUGGAAUCCCGCCGACGCUGCCGUGAAAGCUAAACUGAGAAGAACCGCCGCCAAAACCAAAAUCUCUCCGCCGCAACAGCAACAGCUUCAGUUCGUUGGAUUUGACGGAGUAUCAGAGCCACCGUGCCUUCUCCAGCACCACCACCACUCUGCUUCCGAGCCUGUUAUGUUUUACGGGCAGAGCAGUCCGUUUGGUUACGACGACACGUGGACGGGUGGCUGGGAGAAACAGUCAGUUCAGAGACUUGUGGCUUGGAACAGCGGCGGAGUAACCGAUACAAGAAACGGAGGAGGAGGCGUGUAUCCUUCUCCGACGUCGUAUCAGCCAGUACAUGGCCAAAGUCAGCUUAUGUAUUCUCAGAGGAGUCCCCUUCAGUCCAGUUACACUCCCAUGAUCCGUGCUUGGUUUGAUCCUCAUCACCAUCAUUCCAUCUCCACCGACGAUCUAAACCACCACCACCACCAAUUUUCAUCCGGUUUUGGCGUACCAGCACGGUUUCAGGGUCAAGAGGAGGAACAGCAAGACGGUCUCACCAACAAACCGUCCUCUGCUUCCUCUGUUUCUCGCCAUUGAUAAUAAUCAAAACAAUGUCGGUUGCUGUCUUUUUUACAUCAAGUACUACUAUUUGGAGUUCUAAAUUCAUUUUUAAAAAUAACAUUUUGCAGAGGCCCUUUGAAACUUCCAUUUACAUUUUAAGCUUGGCUUAGAUAGUUUGGGACAGCUAUGCCGUUCUUUCGGUUUGUAUUUGAUGGCUUAGAAAACAAGGAAAGGAUGAAAGAGUAGAAGAAGUGAACAAACAAACGUCUCAUUAAUGUCAGGUUCAUCUUCUUUUUGCGCUCCAAUAUCCUCACCUAGCCAAUGUAAUUGUCAUAUUUUUCAUCAGGUAUACAACGUUCUUUAGCUCAACUAUGGUUAGAUGUAAACAUUGUUCUUUUGUUGUGAGUUGUAUCAUCAUCAUCCUUUGUUACUGCAAUAGCCAGAUACUUGAGAAAAUGUCAGUUCUUUGUUCUAUUUUUCUGUGUAACUCCUUGGAUAACUUUCUCUUUAUUCUCAUGUGGAUUUUUCCUGC